UUGUGGCCUGCCCUAGUCCUACGGGUCGCGGCACCUAUCCUAGAGGUCAUGGUGCAUGUCACAGAGGUUGAGAUGGAAGCUUGUGGAGACAAGAAAAGAGUUGGAGAGGAGAAUGCUCCUUCUUUUGGGAUGAGGCUGCGAAGGUCAUCUUCCUUGUCUGCUCCUUCUACCAACUUAGAGGAUGAGAAUUCUUCUAUUUUGAACUAA